UGCCAGCAUGCGUGCAUUCAUUUCCGGCCAGACGCGAGGAAGAGGGAAUUCCUAUCUUGAGUGCAUUUUGGAUCUUUCCUAAUGGUACACUGAGCGUGGCUGGAUAUAAUGAUGUUCCGAAGUCUUGGCGACUGCAUAAAGGAUUUUCCUGGUCUAAAGCAGUUCACUGCAUAGUUGACUGUGGAAGGGGCAAGACUCUCCAACUCCCACAGGGGGGGGCUGUUCCCCUAUACCCCCUGCUACAGAUACCAACUUUUAGUCUGUAAAACAGCAAGAACAGAACAAGUUCUCCCUCUCCACUAUACCAUGACCUUCCUCAAAUCAAUACAGGACUUGACCAGUUUUUGUACAAAACAUAAUGGGAAAAUCAAAACGCAAGGACAUCGGUGCUUUGGAGAGCAAGCAUGAUAAAUCUCUUACUGAGAAGAAGCAACUGGGGAAGAAAAAGUUUUGGAAACGUAAGGUUAAAGGUGUAAAGAAAAAAAAUGAAUGCAUAAAACAGAUUGGAUUACCACCAAAAUCUCCUGAUGAGUUUUCAUCUAACUGGAAAUGUUUGCAAGAGAUGUUAACCCUGAAGCCAGUAGAAAUGGACAUUUCCAACAUCAAGUCAAAGACAAAAGAAAGUGACUUAAAAACUAGAUUUCCACAUGGAAAAGGCAAUACAAGUCGCACCAGUGUAAAGCCUGGAGAGAAACCUACUGAUGGGCUUGCUUUAUCUUCCACCAAGUCAUACGAGUCUGUCAAGAUAAGUGCUUCCAUUAAGCAAAAAAAUGACAUUGAAAAGAAGAGUGUCGGGACAAGAAAGAAGUGUGCAACUGGGCAUUCAGGCAGUGAUGGACUCAAAGAGCAUAAAGGGAGAAAAACUGAAGCACAGCCAAAACAGGCCAAAGAUGUGCCAGACAUUUGGUUUGAUGAUGUGGAUCCAGAGGACAUAGAAGCGGCUCUAGGUUCUGAAGUUGCAGAGUGUGUACGCACCCAGAUGGGUGAAACAAAGCCCUCCGAAAAGUCACCAGAGCAGCUGCUUGUAAAGGAGAAUGCUUUUAGUGGAUUAACAAGAGCUGUAGCAAUGGACUGUGAGAUGGUGGGGAUUGGACCAGAUGGAGAAGACAGUAUCGUAGCACGUGUCUCUAUCGUAAACCAGUUUGGGAAAUGCAUUUAUGAUAAAUACGUAAAACCUACAGAAAAAGUGACUGAUUAUAGAACUGCUGUCAGUGGGAUCAGACCAAAGGAUAUAAAACAUGGGGAAGAUUUUCAUGUUAUCCAAAAUGAAGUGGCCCAUAUAUUGCAAGGGAGAACUUUAGUUGGUCAUGCAGUGCACAAUGACUUAAAGGUGUUACUCCUGGAUCAUCCUAAAAGGAAGAUAAGAGACACUCAAAGACAUAAACCCUUUAAGCGAAUUGUAAAGAGUGGACGUCCUUCUCUGAAACUGUUGUGUGAGGUUAUUCUUGAUGUUAAAGUACAAGAAGGAGAGCACUCCUCAGUUCAAGAUGCCCAGGCUGCUAUGCGACUUUACACGUCAGUGAAAAAGGAAUGGGAGUCUGAACUCAAAGCCAGCAGAAAAAGUUCCCACCAUCUGAAAAGUAAUGCUUCUGUCCAGGAUGUCUGAUCAACACUUUUCCAACCCAAAAGAAACUAUUGUUUCAUGGUAGUUAUCUGUAUAGUUCUCUCAUUGUGCAAAAGCACUAGAGAUUCUUAUCUGACAGUGGAAAAGUACUGUGCGUAUUUUCUUUUCAGCUGUAGUAUUGCAGGAAAUGCAGCAGCCGACACCUGUUUUAUAAAGACAUACCGGUAAAUGAUAUUUCCAUUCACUUUCCCCAAAAAUUAUGCCAAUAAUGUAUGUAGUAUCUUGGCUCUGGAUUUGUUUUAAUUUCUUCCAGUGGGUCAUCCCAUUCUGUGUUUGUCUGUCGCUUUCUGUUUUAACACUUUAUGCUUUAGGUUAACCUUAACGGUUUAACCCUGUUCUUUUUCUGUCGCAUUGAUAAAAAUGAAAAGUUCUGAAAAAGGGGAAAGUGCUUAUGGCAUUUUUUUCUCAUUUAAAAACAUGGUCAAACCAAGUGCAUCAUUUCCUCAGUUAAGCACAGCAUAACAUGACAAUACCUCACAACCUGCAGCCAUAAAGAAAAAAAAUCUAGACAAAGGCUCUAAAAUUGGUACAUCUGGCUAAAAAUCUGGAGAGUUAAUUAUGACAUUUUUAUAUGCAAUAACUUAACUCAUCCCACUUCAGAUAGAAUUAUGGGAUACUAUCUCUAAGAAACACGUUUAAAAAGUUUAAAAGAUAAGUGACAAAAUUAUGCAAAUAGGAAAUGAGCUAGGUAGUCCAAGCAGGAUUAACAGAAUCAUGGACCAACCUGAAGAAAUUCUAACAAGAUGUGGCACAGCAGGGCUUCAGGAGUCGCAGAGCUCCAUUCAGGAUUAAUAAAUUCAACAGUGCACUGAAGGAUUACUUAACAGAAUGGCCCUGGGUAAAGCAAACCUGAAGUGUGUUCAUAGAGUUACGGUCAGGUGGGCUCUCAGAAGGGUUGCAAGAUUUGAGGGAUACAUUCAGAAUGAACAAAGUUAAAUUCAUAGUAGCUUUAGCAAAAUCAUCAAGUUCUGUUUCUUGAGCAAUGUAGUUUUUCAGCUGUGUAAUCUGCCUGACUCAUCAAGGUUGUUCCAUCAAGCAGUAUUGAAAUAAUACGGUUGAUAAAGUGGGACCAACUCCUCCCCACCCUCAUGAAGGUGCCUUCCCCCCAAUUGUACCGCUUUAACUGUUGUAAUGUACUUUGUGGUUCCACAACCUUAAGGUAGGUUAAAAAUGUUUGUCAUUGAACCUGUUUGCUAGAAUGCAAUUGAUGGAUCCAGUUUUUUUGAAAAACAAGGCAAAGACCACACACAAAUCCUUCCCAAACUAACCAAAACUGAUUGAUAACUUAAAUGUAUUUCUCAGCACUAUGAAAAAGAUAUCUGAAUUAGAAAAGGAUAGUAGCAGUGUUAUUUACUGGAGUCUCCUCACUCUAGUACUAACCUUCUGAAAUACUGCCUUCAGGGAGUGUUGUACAGCCUCUUGUGUAAUAAAUUUGUUAGAAAAUUUUAAAUGAACUGUACUUCGGGUUUGUCAGUCUUUGAGCAGAGAUUUCAUAGCCACUUCAAGAUUUUUGUUGUUUUAAAUUGGCAAGUCAAUUCGAUGAAAAAAAGCCAUUCUUCUCCCUCUUUGAAAGAUUUCUCUUUUGUUCCCUUGUGUAAGGCAGGUUGAAUGCAAAAAUAAUACUGGGAUCUUCAAAAUAAAAGUGAUAGAAGAAUAUUUUCUUUUGAGUCCAGAAGGCACAAUACCACUUCCAUACCUUAUCUGUCAAAGUGCUCCAUAAUUUUACUAUGUUGUGCAAAUCAGACAAGAAAGAAGGCCAGAGUAAAUAUAUUUAUUCUGCAAAAUGGCAAACUUUAUAUUUUGCUACAUACAUCAGUAUGUGUAUAAUAGUGUAAAUAUAGUGAGUGCAAUAGGGUAAUAGAUCUGUUAUAAAAUCCCCACUUCCAUUGCAGCAAAGGGCUUACUACAUCGAAUCUAGCUAUAGAGAGAAAGUAAAUUCUUUUGAACAGUCUACACUUUGCUGUGGAAUCAUCCUGGAAGGCUGCAGCAGAUGCAUUUAAUGAAAAAAAAUAAAUGCAUUACUUGAUCUAACUUACUGCCAUUUGCAUAUUUUUAUGCUUGAUCUGUUUGUAACCUUGAGUCAUUUUUAUUGUAAACCAUUGUCUGUGAUAAAUCUUAAAUAUUUUAAUAUUAAACAAAACCAUGAGUGGCUGCUUACAUGAACUCUUUAGCGGAGUCACUUUCAGAGAGAGUCGCUUGUGCAGAACAUGAUGUACUUCAGUCCGACUCCAGCAGCUAGACAAUACUACCAGACGCAGUUUUGUUUUAUUCAGCUGCUCCGGAGUCCCCUCACCUUACAUAUUGUCACAGGUGAUGUCAUCACAUUGACAAUUUCUGUAAACUCGUUGGCUGAUGACACAAUGACUUGUAUGGGACCAACAGAACUCUAGAAAACACAUAAUUUAAAGGGGCCAUAUGUAGUUUUCAUGACACCGUGUUAUCUUCAGUUUAAAUUCUGUAUUUUUCAGUAAAUACUGGACACUUAAGAUGUAUGUAUAUAACACUUUUGUAGCCUUUUAGGACUGAAUGUAUUUAUACAUUUUGGGAAGGGUUGAUUCACAUGGCCCAUUUGUUGAGUUUUCUCCUUCGUAGUCCCAGGGUCAGUCUGGGGUUCAGUCAUGACUUCCAGUCUCUGUCUAGGAGGAGUUUGCUUGUCCUUCCAUUAUCUGAAUAUAUUUUAAGGCACUUUGUUUACCUGCCAUUUCCCCAAAGCACAGUGAUUAUUACUUGUACCAUUGCCCAUUCACUUGAAAAGGGACCAUAUUGGUUCUGUUGUCUUACUAGAUUAAAAAAAUGAUUGCCCUUAAAGUUAAGUCCUUGCAUGUUUUUGGUGUUGACAUUGAAACUUAAUUUUAAAAACAACUGGUAGACAUCAAAGGUCAUGCUUAACUUUUCUGUUAACCUUGUGCGGCCAUGUAGAAUUUUGUGGCAUCCUCUCACCUUCAGUUUAAAAUCACAUGAAUGAAUAAAGAUGGGUAGUAGUCAUUAAUUGCAUUGCAGAAUGAGAAGUUAAAUGCAAGUGCAAAACUGGUUAAGCAAACAAAAAACAUAAUGACAGCAAUGUUUACUGUUACUUUACUUUGGGUAGAAAUUGGGUAGUUUGCAGUGAUGCCUUCUACUUAGCUUUAGAGUCAGGACAGAAAGUUAAACAGAAGCAUAACAUUUUUAUGUAAGAUGUUAACAAGAUAAAACUUGAAUGCCUGUGUAGAAAUCCUGAAUCCUUCUGUAUUGUGCUCGAUGUUUCAUAGAAUGCAUACCUCUAGUAAAAAAAGUAAGCAUCAGUGUAAAUCGGUCUGAAUUCUGAUCACUAUUCUUUGAAUGCAUUGCACUAGUAGGGAAGUUAAAUAUCAAUGUACUCUGUUUAAAUACCCGUAAUUUGCUGUUGUCGUGGUGAACAGCUAUUCCAAAAUUGUGUUGUGUAAUUUAUUUCUUGCUUUAGUCUUGUGGAUGUAUGUGUGAACAGUAAAUAAAAGUAGAAUGUGUUAUUCAGUGGUUGGCAAGUUCUGAUUGCGGGUUACUUUUAAAUAAGUGCACUUUGUAAUGUAGAAUUGUUCUGAAGAAGCCUGGGAGUGUUCUGGGUGAAAGCGCUUAACCUUUUAUUUAAUGUUCACACAACUGUUAUUAAAACUGCUUUGCCUUUC